UGCAGCACAAUCGGAACCGCCGCAUCACAACAACGACGAUGACGACGAGACGCAACCUGGUCGCCGUUUGAGCCCGGAAAAAAGACAACAAGGAAAAAAAAAAAAACGAGACCCUCGAAAGGAAGGCAUCAUGAUUCCCGUGAUGGAAUUCCGCCAGUUCUCGGAACAGCAGCCGGCCUUCCGGGUCCUGAAGCCGUGGUGGGACGUGUUCACCGACUACCUAUCCGUCAUUAUGCUCAUGAUCGGCGUGUUCGGAUGCACUCUCCAGGUGAUGCAAGACAAGAUCAUCUGCCUCCCGCACAGAACAUCUUCGUCCCACGACAACACGAGCGAAGUGGCCGUGAAGCCUUUGCAGAUGCGUUACAACCUCUCGUCCGGGCCGAGAGAAAUGAGCGGCCUGAAGACGGACCUGGACCUCCAGCAGUACAGCUUCAUCAACCAGAUGUGCUACGAGAAGGCCCUGCACUGGUACGCCAAAUAUUUCCCUUACUUGGUUCUGAUCCACACGCUCGUCUUCAUGGUGUGCAGCAACUUCUGGUUCAAGUUCCCCGGGUCCAGCUCCAAAAUUGAGCACUUUAUCUCCAUGCUGGGCAAAUGCUUCGACUCCCCUUGGACCACCCGCGCUCUGUCCGAGGUGUCUGGAGAAAACCCAGAGGACACGGACCACAAAAAGAGCGGCAAUGUGGCGUGCCACGGAGGAGUCGGUUUGGAGAAGACUCAGUCGCUCCGUUCAAUCCCAGAAAAAAUUGUUGCGGACAAACCGUCGGCGAGCGUUCUGGACAAAAAGGAAGGGGAGCAAGCCAAGGCGCUAUUUGAGAAGGUGAAGAAGUUCCGUUUGCAUGUGGAGGAGGGUGACAUCCUCUACCUCAUGUAUGUGAGGCAGACGUUUUUCAAAGUGUUCAAGUUCCUGCUGAUUGUCAUCUACAACAGUUCCCUGGUUGACCAGGUGCGCAACAGGGUGCCCUGUGAGGUGGAGAUCCAGGACAUGACCGGCUACAAAGACUUUGAGUGCAAUCACACCAUGGCGCACCUCUUCUCUAAGCUCUCCUACUGCUAUCUAUGCCUGGUGGCGGUCUAUGGACUGACCAGCCUGUACACCUCCUACUGGCUGUUCUACCGCUCCCUGAAGGAGUACUCAUUCGAGUAUGUGCGUCAAGAAACGGGUAUCAGCGACAUCCCGGACGUGAAGAACGACUUCGCCUUCAUGCUGCACAUGAUCGACCAGUACGACCCGCUGUACUCCAAGAGGUUUGCCGUCUUUCUGUCCGAGGUCAGUGAGAACAAGCUGAAGCAGCUCAACCUCAACCACGAAUGGACGGCGGAGAAGCUGCGGCAGAGGCUGCAGGUCAACGCCAACAACCGGCUGGAGCUGCAGCUCUUCAUGCUGCCCGGCUUGCCCGAUACCGUUUUCGAGCUCAGCGAGCUGCAGUCCCUCAAAUUGGAGAUCAUCAACAACGUGAGUGUCCCCGCCUCCCUCUCAAAGCUGGAGAACCUUCAAGAGCUCUCGUUGUAUCAGUGCUCCAUCAAGCUACACACCACAGCCAUGUCCUUCCUCAAGGAGAACCUGAAGGUGCUCCGUGUCAAGUUUGAUGAAGGCAGGGAAUUCCCAAGCUGGCUGUAUGGCCUCAAGAACCUCGAGGAGCUUCAUCUCACGGGCUCCCUGUGCCCGGAUGCCUCCAAAAACAUCAUCCUGGAGUCGCUGCGGGAGAUGAAGUGCCUGAAGACGCUGUCGCUGAAGAGCAAUCUGACUAAGAUACCGCAGUCGAUCGUGGACGUGUCCAAUCACCUGCAGCGACUCUACUUGCACAAUGAUGGCACCAAGCUGGUGAUGCUGGGAAACCUGAAGAAGAUGACCAACCUGACUGAGCUGGAGAUGGUACGCUGUGACCUGGAGCGCAUCCCACACACCAUCUUUAGCCUCUCUGGCCUGCAGGAGCUGGACCUGAAGGAGAACAAUUUGCGUUCCAUCGAGGAGAUCGUGAGCUUCCAGCACCUGCGCAAACUGACUUGCCUGAAGCUGUGGUACAACGGCAUCAUGUACAUUCCCGAGCAUAUCAAGAAGCUGGGCAGCCUUGAGCGCCUCUACUUCAGCCACAACAAGAUUGAGAUCUUGCCCUCACACCUGUUCCUCUGCAACAAGCUGCGCUACCUCGACCUGUGUCACAACGACAUUCGCUUCAUCCCGCCGGAGAUCGGCGUCCUGCAGAGCCUGCAGUACUUCUCGGUGGCCUGCAACAAAAUUGAGAACCUCCCGGACGAGCUCUUCUUCUGCAAGAAGCUCAAGACGCUGAAACUGGGCAAGAACUCUCUGUCCGUCAUUUCGCCAAAGAUCUCCUACCUCGCCCAGCUGAUACACCUGGAGCUCAAGGGGAACCAUUUUGAGCUCCUACCGCAGGAGUUGGGGUGCUGCCGGGCGCUCAAGCGCAGUGGUCUGGUGGUCGAAGAUGCCCUGUUUGAGACUCUGCCGUCAGACGUCAGGGACCAGAUGAAGGCGGAGUAAAGAUGCCUUAAAGUCACCGCAGUGCCUAUUCUCGGCUCCCUCACUGAUUUUGUUGGAUCGGGAUUUCACGAGCCCACCGAAAGUACACGGAGCUAGCGCUAGUUUCAUUGAAUCUGUUUAAGUUUCCUACACUGAAUUUCGAAAUAGGCCCCUUUAAGCCUGAAAUUAGGUCGCUCUAUCUUGAAUAGACCCGGCCUCCCCCCACAAAAAAAUCAAGAAACCAAACAGGAAGUCUGCCUCAUUUUGGCCGUUCCUAACGGACGCUCAAGGAUGGACUCAUCCUGGAGAUUUUGCCCAAUACCUAACAAAUUUGAGUCACAUUACGAGCCAUAAAGAUGACACCGAAAAGCAAAGCAGUUUUAUCUUCAAGUCUGCGCGUCGGCGGAGAGCGGCGGUUAAGUUUGCGCGUUUCCCGUACGACACCAGAAGGUCGAUUCCGCACGGUCCGACUGCUUGGCUAAACAUUUCCCCCCGAUUAAAAUCAAUCAAAACAAAAAAAUACCCACGAUAACACAAUAAGUAGUACCUCGUCUAUUUCGGUUCUUGUCAAACAGCUUCCCGAGGAGUCGUCCUGGUGCUCUAUGUCGUAGUUAUCUCCGGGGGGGGGGGGUUUGAAUCUGGGCCUACUUGACUUUUUUUCCGUAGCUCAUUAAAGACGUGAAGGACGACUUGACCUCAUUCGAGCCUCAUUUACAUUUAUGGUCACAAAAUUAGGCACACCUUCAUGAUCUAACGCAAUUCAAGAUGAGAGCUGUACGAAAGACAAAUACAUAUAUACAUACGUAUACACAUACAUCUAUUUAUUUACACGCAGUAUAUAUAGACAGGCAGAAUGUUGGAUCACCUGGUAAAGCAGUGGCCUCACAGUUCUGAGGACCCGGGUUUGAUCCCGGCCCCCGCCUGUGUGGAGUUUGCAUGUUCUCCCCGUGCCUGCGUGGGUUUUCCCCGGGUGGGCACUCCGGUUUCCUCCCACAUCCCAAAAAACACGCAACAUUAAUUGGACUCCCAAUUCCAAGUCCAAAGGCACUCCCCGCAAAGUCUCAUGAGGAUAAGCGGCAAAGAAAAUGGAUGGAUGGAUGGAUAUAUAUACAUACAGUCACUCACAUUUGAAAAAUGUGCGAGUGUGGUCAGUCAUGCCCGCAGAUAUAAAGUUACGGGUGUGUGUUAUGUUUGUAAUUAUGAGUGUACCCCUUUAAGAGCGGAAGGGGGGCGGUGUAAGGUAAACUAGGAAGUAGAACGAGACCGUGUCCUUCCGUGUUGUUCACUGCGCUGGAUCGGUUUUCAUGUGCGCCGAGAGUGUGUGACAAGUGCGCAAUUGAGCAGUGGCGCAACUUAGAGGGAACAUUGGUCAAGACUACACAAAAUAAGCGACGUUUUUUCAAUAUUUAUAUAUGUAUUUCUACUCCGCAACAAAUUUUACGCGCGUGAUUAGCUGGAGAGCGUUGGCCUCACAGUUCUGAGGUCUCUGGUUCAAUCCCGGACCCGCCUGCGUGAAGUUUCCAUGUCCUCCCUGUGCCUGUGUGGCUUUUCUCCGGGUGGGCACUCCGCUUUCCUCCCACAUCCCAAAAACACGCAACAUUAAUUGGACACUCUAAAUUGCCCCAAGGUGUGAUUGUGAGCGUGGCUGUUUGUCUCUUAAGUGCCAUGCGAUUGGCCGGCGACCAGUUCAGGGUGUACCCCACCUGCCUCCUGCCCGUUGACAGCUGGGAUAGGCUCCGGCACUCCCCGCGACCCUCGUGAGGAUAAGCGGCUAAUAAAAAGACGAUAAAAUAAAAAAAAAAAACAAUAAUUACAAUAAUGUCAGCAUUUUGUCUGUUACAAAAAAAAUCACAGCAAUAUAUAAAUAUAUAUAUUAGUGUGAAAAUGUACUUAACCUAAAAAGCAUUUUUGGUUUGUGUCUAUGAAAAAAUGUGGGGACAUAGCGUAUCCGCAAAUGUUGAAUCACGGCAAGUGAACUGUUCUUGUUUGUUUGUUCGACGAAUAUUAUUCAUAAACUGCAAAAUGGAUGACAUUUGAGUUUGCUCCACAAACAAAGGACGGGUCGCGAUACAUAUAUACAGCAUCUGACAAAAAACUCUGCCUUAAAUCGAAGCACUGUAUAGAACACAAAGACUAUUUUACAAGUUGAAAUAAAACUUUUGGAACUUU